AUGAACUUAUUUCCGGAGGUUCGUCAUGUUCUUGCUUAUGUCGAAGAGGAAGGAUCCACUUUAAGUAACAGAAAUCAAGCAUUUGGUAUCUUAAAAUAUUUCAAGACAUUAGAUUUCGUGUUUUACUUACAUUUGAUGUAUGAAAUUUUACACCUCACGAACAUAUUGUCAAAGCAUCUUCAAAAAAAGGAUCAAGAUAUUUUAGAAGCGACUUCUUUGGUUAGAGGGACAACGGACGCAUUGAAGUCUUUAAGAGACAUGGGGUUUGCUAAACUUUUAUCGAAGGUAUUCUCUUUUUAUCAAAAACAUGAUAUUAAUAUUGUGGAGAUGACGGAAAAUUAUGUCACAUCAAGAGGCCGUAAGACUAAAGUUAUUGAUCAAUUUCAUUUUGAAGUUGAAAUUUUCAACACCGUCAUGGAUAUGCAAAUUAUAGAAUUCGGGGACCGAUUUAGUGAACUUAGCACCCAAUUACUAGAAUACAUUGGAGCUUUGAGUCCUUGUGAUUCAUUUGCUAAAUUUGACAAAACAAAGUUGUUAAAGUUGAGUGAGUUAUACACAAAAUAUUUUGAUGAUGCGGAGAGGAUGCAACUUGAUGGUGAACUUGAAAUGUAUUAUCACGCUUUGCAUGAAGAUGACCGGUUCACUAAUUUGCAAGGAAUUUCUGACCUUUCUCGUUUGAUGGUGGAAACGGGGAAACAUCGGUCUUAUCCUAUGGUUUAUAGUUUGUUGAAGUUGGUUUUGGUUUUACCCGUUGCAACCGCAACGGUCGAAAGAUGUUUUUCAGCGAUGCAGUUUUGA